AUAAGGAGGGAGAUGAUGAAGGGAAUAUCCUAACGAGAUGAUUGAGUGGUAACUGAAGAGGGGAGGAGGAGAGUUGUGGAAUCGCAAGGGAAGAGGUGUGCCAUCCGAAGAUGAGAGAUUCACAGUAACGGACCACACAUCUCGGGGUUGAAGAUGCCCCAGAGCAGGCGGUCUGUCUUCUGUGUCCUGUCACUGAUGGUGCAGCAACGCAGCAUUUCUUUUCCCCACUCUGGUACAAAGCUGGUUUAUUAGGUGGAGGAGACGCACUCAGAUGAAUAAUCCCUCGCAUGCAAAUGAAGCGUACACAUGCAAAUCUGUACGCCUGAGAUUCAGGGCUCAGCUGAGAUUUUUAGUGUUUCCUUCCAUGCCCGUGUCCCUUCCCUCAGCUCAUCCAUGUCUGAAAUCCACCAGCUCUUAUCCGGACCAACAUAUGUACACUGCUAAUCAGACCCCACAUGCUAUACACCAUCACGCCAAAGAACAUAAACCUUAACAUACAUUGCAUUUCAUGAGCGCUACCUGCGACUUUACAGGUAUGCAUUUGCACGUCCAAGCAAGCAGCACCAGCGCUUCCGAUGCACCGCAGCCAGUUGAUGCGUCAAUCUAUCCGUCCCUUGAGCAGCGGACAUCAACAUCUUCAAGUCCAACUAAUCAUGAAGUACUGAGUGUGUCGUCUCUGGUCCCUUCUACUGUCCUCACACUCAUGCCUCACUGUGAACCUCCAGCCAAUGGAAAUUUAUUCCCAGAGCUACCAUCCUUAUAUGAAGUAACAUCAGAGCCUCAACUUCCAGGAACUUUAUCUUCUCCCUCCGGUUCCUCCGGGGCUAAAGAUAAAAAAAUCCUGGCUUCAACACUUCCUUGCAGUGAUAAUUCCCAGGAAGUUCAGCAGUGGAAACCGUCAGAUGGAGGCCCACUGGAGGAGGGAUCAGUAGGCCUCAUGUUACCCAAAGAUCUCCCUGCUGAAGAGCCAGAUUCACAACCUCAAGCCUGUUCAUUUCGAAAGAUGCAACUGAUUUUGAGCCUCUCUAUGAUCAUCAAUGUGGUCAUCAUCUCAGCUCUCUUAGGGCCCGUUUACGGAGAGCCUGUUGCCUACCUAUCUCACUCCCUAUUAAGCCCCAUUGGAGCUCAGAGCAGCCAAGGUCUGCUGAAAUCUCGGAUGACCAUGUGA